AUCUCAGUUCAGUAGCAGUGGACUCCAUAUUUUUACAAGCCGGAUUUUAUCAGCUUUAAUUAUUGUUUAGUUUUCAUAUCAAAGAAGAAAUUUAAUUUUAAUUUAUUCUUCUACUUCAUCCAGCGACCAACUUAUAUCAGCAAGAUGUCACAGAGAGAGCAUCAGAUAGAGGAGAAGCAGAUGAAGGAGGUUGAUAAAUUAAGGAAUAUAGAAGAUUCUGGAAUUAGCGCACCUGAUGACCACUUAGGACAGGCUCAGGAAGAGAACAAAAGAAGUUCAGAAAUGAAGUUACCUUAUAAGAUGACCUAUAAAAGAUCUCGAAAGUCAAUUAGCAGUGAAAUUGAAGAGUCUAUUCCAAGCAAAAAAAAACCAAAAGAAGAUUUGAGUAGGAAAAAUUACAAGAAGCAUGGAAAUGAAGAUCAAAAGAAAGGUAGAGGCAGAGGUAGAGGUAGGAGACCAAUAAACAAAAUAAAUAAUAAAGAUUUUAAAAAAGAAGCAGGUAGCCAACCUGAUGACCGUACUGAAAAUUCUGGCAGAAUUGUGCCUCCUGCCAUUAGCACGAAUUGGAUUCAUGUAGCAUUGAAUAAGUUUACUAGUGCUGCCACAAAUGUUGCUAACAUGACCAUAAUGACCCACAAGAAUCUUAUUGAUUGCAAGAAUAAAAAGAUUAAUUUGAAAAAUAUCAACUCUUUGGAAUCAGUUGUAGAUACACAACAUAAGUUAUGCUCGUUGUUGGUUUCAUUAGAAUCUAAUGUACGUAUAGUGAGGGAAGAUCUUAAAGAAUAUGUUGAAGGAUGGUGCCAAAUUGUAAAAGAUGAAAUCAAGGAUAAAGAAGAGGUUAAAGAGAAAAAACCUAAAACCUCAGAGGUCACAUCAGAGGGUGGACAGGAGAAUAAUACUCAAUCUGAGGAAAAGAGUGAUAGACUACAAACCCAGUUUGACAAUGAAGAUGAGAUAAUGACUAAGUCAAUGGAAGGUGCUAACCAAGGUGCUUCUGUUGCUAACCAAGUAAAGUCUGUAGAAGAAAGAGGAGAGGAAACAUCCAUUGCUAUGAAGGAGAAUCAAGAGCCUGAAGAGUAGAUAAGGCCAAAGAAACUCUUAUUUGAUAAUUUUCAAUCAUGAAUACAUGCUUAUAUUUUAACAAACAAUUUUCUGAAACUUUAAAAUUUGUUAUAUAGAUUUUCAAAUAUUGAAGAUAUUUUAAAUUUACUAUCAUGUGAUAUUUGAAAUAUCUUAUACUGAAUUAUGUACACAUUAAUUUCAUUAGUGAUGCAUUGUAAAACAACACAUUUUUUUAGUUCCCUGAAAAAAUAUAAUAAACAAUAUUAUUUUUUAAAUAUUUUUUAACAUUUGUUAUUCAAGUAAAAUGAUUUAAGAAGAUAAAGAAUGUUAAAUGAUUUAUCUAAAGAUAAUUUCUUUAAGUGAACUAUUGAUUGGAUUGUAGUGUUAGCUCAAUCAAUUUUUUUUUUUCCAUUUUAAUAUGUUACUGGAGGUUGCUACAUAUGUACAAUUGAAAAGUAUGCUUAAUAAACAGUUUUCAAUAUUUGAAGUUAUUUAUGAACCCAAUUCUGGACCAACUCUUUCCUCAUUAUACAAAUGGAUAACAAUUAAAUAUCCACUAUUUUCAAAUAUAAAAUAAAAUACAGAUAACCAAACCAUGAAGAAAACUAAAACAUACACAAAUAAAAGGUAGAAGAAUUUACAUUACAGUUUAUGUUAUCAAUAAUGUGGAUAAUUUCAAAUAUAUGGGGUAAUUUACCACUGUGAGAAAUAAAAUUUUAAAAAAGAAAUAAAGGCAAGGCUGACAGAUGACAAUACGUGUUCGCAUACAAUACAGAAGGAGCUUUUGAAAUAUCUUCUGCAAAGCCAAGUUAAUAAUAUACAGGAAAAUUUUUAGACCAGUAGCAAAGACAGGCAAAAUCUACUCUGAG